AUGGUUCGGAAUCGGCAAGGUCAUAUACAGAUUCGUGUAGUGAUUAUAUUUGAGUCUCGAUCUGAAGUAUUAGUUUGGGCACAAAAUAUUGGCAAACAAUAUGGUAUUAUAUGUGUGAAUGUUCGUUCGGAUAAUGCAAAUGGCCAGUUGAGAUCUGCACCGAGUGGUAGCGGUUGGAAGGUGAUGGUUAGGUGUGGAUUUCACAAUCAUAAACUAUAUGAGGAUUUAGAUGACCAUGACAUAUUGGGUCAUCUAAAAGUUCAUGAUAGACGGUUUGUGAAUGACAGGACGAAGUACAACAUGACUCCACGGUACAUAGUUUUUGCCUUGAAAGACAAAGAUCCAGGAAACCUCACUAGUGUUACUCAAGUGUAUAAAGCUAGAGCUACAUACAAUGCGAGCAAGAGAGUGAAGUUGUUGAAUAUGUUUCACUUGGUGUUGAUUUUUGAUUGUACGUACAAGACAGAUAGGUACCGGCUACCACUGCUUAGGAUUGUUGGUGUUAUGUCAACAAAAUUGACAUUUUCGGUAGGCUUUACCUAUUUGGAGUAUGAAAGGGAGGAAAACUUCAAAUGGGUACUAGAGAAGCUCAAAGAGUUGUUCUCUUAUGAGAAAUUGCUAUCGAAUGUUAUGGUGACGGACCAAGAACUUGCAUUGAUGAAUGCAAUUGAAGUUGUGUUUCCAAAUUCAACUUAUAUGUUAUGUUUGUUCCAUUUUCAAAAUACGUUAGCAUGA